ACGAAAAGCGUGCGUGCCAAGGGUGCCGCUCGGCUCGGACACUCUCUUCCACGCCUGUGAUGCUCUUCCAGCUGCUGACUGCCCAAUCUGGGCUGCUGCGUGAUGAAGUGAUAUACAGUGCUGUGCUGCCCACCAAGGUCUACUAUGCCUGGACCUGCCUCGUCAUGUUUUGCUGCCGCGCUUUGCACACCGUGAGCGUCUACCUGAGCCUGUGGACGGCCUUGUCACAUGCUCAGGAUGCGCCUGUACCUUCGCCGUAUGCUCAGCCUUCUGGUCUCACUGAGGACAUCACGCAAUGGCUAGCCGUGUCCGCUGGCUCGCAAAUCGCUACAUGCAAGACCAGAAUGAUGGCCAACAUCAACCCUGUGGGCGGUGCGAAUGGGACCGUGGUUGCGUCCACGUCGACGGAAAAUCCCAACUACCAUUACAACUGGGUCCGUGACGCUGCAUUGACCAUGGACGUCGUAGUCAAGCUGUAUUCGGCAGCGUCGGAUGCAAACGCAAGGUCAGGCUACGAGCAGAUUCUCUUCCAGUAUGCGCAGGCCCGAGCCGACGAGCAGAACGACCCGGACUUGCAGACGGGCCUCGGCGAGCCGAAGUUCGAGCUGAACAACUCCGUCUUCACGGGACCGUGGGGACGUCCCCAGAACGACGGCCCCGCCGAGUCCGCCACCACGCUGAUGGAGUUCGCCUCCGCCUAUCUCGCUGCUGGUGGCGACAUGGGGACCGUCAAGCAGAAGAUCUGGGAUUCAAGCAACUUCUCUAACCAGGCCCCCGUGCUGAAGGAUCUGCUGUACGUAGCGUCGAACUGGUCCGCCGACUCGUUCGAUCUCUGGGAAGAAGAGGAAUCCCCGAACCACUUCUUCAACCGCAUGGUUUAUCAUCGCGCGCUGGACAUGGGGGCGAAGUUUGCUGCGAACCUGAGCGAUACGGAGACGGCCAACACGUUGUCUGCCGCUGCUCGCGACGUUGCCGCCACCUUGCCGUCGUUCUGGGACCCGGCCCGGCAGCUGAUUGUGUACGAGAUCGGACCCGUGCUUCGGAACAAGUCGUCCUACAAGGACGUUGCUGUGGUCCUUGGAAUUCUGCACGGCUACAAUUAUGAUGGCAUAUACAGCUAUGCGAACGACCAAGUGCUUGCCUCCGCGUAUCAGCUUGCCACAAGCUUUUUGGCGGUGUAUCCGAUCGCUAAUGUGACGACGGAUGCCUCUGGUGGAACGCUAGGGAUUCCCGUGGGUCGCUACCCCGAGGAUGUCUACACUGGGACCGGUACUGCGCCGAACGGAGGCAACCCAUGGUUCCUGGCUACCGCGGCGUUGGCGGAGCUGCUGUACCGCGCCAGUGCUGAGCUUCAAGAAAAUGGCACGCUCACUGUCAGCAACACGUCCCUGCCCUUCUGGCAAUACUUUGCACCCGCAGCGGGGCUUGCAGCUGGUCAAACAUACUCCAGCAACAGCCAGGCGUUUGGAACCGCCAUUGCGGCCAUCGAAGGCUGGGCCGAUGCGUUCGUUCGGCGCAUCAAGUUCCACACGCCAGCGGACAAGCGCUUGUCGGAGGAGUAUAAUCGAGACGACGGCUUCAGCACCGGAGCUCUCGAUCUCACCUGGAGUUACGCGUCGUUGCUGACGGCUUCAUUUGCGAGGGCAGACCUCAGAGGAGACACUGGAUAUAUUGGUGCAGUUGCGGACCUGGUGUAGAAAAAUAGACACUUUUUAAAAAAGAAAACCUAAAAAAACAAAAACACAAACUCUUUCAGCACAAAAGAGCAGGAA